CAGUCAUACCAUUCAUUCACAGUUACAUGUUAUUAAAUUCCAGCAAUAAGAUAUAAUUACUUGCAGGAAAACAAAUGAAUGUGUAACUAAAAACAUAGUAGUUAUUAAAACGCUCAGUGAAUUCAUUAACAAAGGAAAAAGGAGGUGAUAAAGUCACAACAACAAAAUUCAAAUACCUACUCCUGUAGAAUCUACAUUCCACUCAACUGACGUGUCAAAACAACUUGCAUUAAAGUAACAAAUUUAUAAUUUCACAAUAUAAUUUAAUAGCCGUAUUGCAUUGAUUCCAAUACAAACCUGGCGCAUUCCGGCAACAGUAUGCGACGCAAUAAUUAUCCGUAUCAACCCCUUAACCAAACGGCAGGUCAAAGUGCUUUACCACACGACGCGCUAGAAGAGGAGAACGAACGCGCUGCUGAGGAACUAAAACAUAAAAUAGGUGCACUUAAGUCAUUAACUAUAGAUAUUGGCAACGAAGUUCGCUAUCAGGACAAGUUGUUACGUGGUAUCGAUGAUGACAUGGAUAGAACGGGUGGAUUUCUCGGUAAUACAAUGGCACGAGUGGUACGCUUAGGGAAGCACAGUGGUGGCCGUCAUAUGUGCUAUAUGUUUCUUUUUGUAUUGUUUGUAUUUUUAAUAUUAUACGUUGUCAUUAAAAUUAAGUGAACCGAUUGCUUUAAUUAAAUUAUAAUGAAAGGUUUAGCUGAA